AAAGUCUUCUGGUCCUGAAAUUUGGUGCCGAGAAUGUGUUCCUCUUUCACCAGAGAGCGGAGUGGCAGCGGAGGAUGCAGAGGAGGAGAUGAGUGUUGCCAGGGACCACAGCCGUUGUCAGAGGGCAGUUCGCAUUGUCACCGAGCUCUGCCGGAAGAAAACCCUGCCUAACUUGGACCUGGACACUUGCAGGGAAUUCCUCCUGCUGCCUUCCGACCAGAGCCUGAUCAUCUCCGAGCCAGAGCUCUCCGUCAGCCUCCUUGCAGUGAUAGUUAUUGUGUGUGGACUGGCACUGGUGGCAGUUUUUCUGUUUCUCUUUUGGAAGCUGUGCUGGGUUCCCUGGAGGAACAAAGCCCUUUCUGCUAACCUGGCCGUCCUGCAGCACAAGGCAGGCUGCAGCAAGGGGAGCAUGGCAGACAAGCUCAAGGAUGCAGGUGCCAUAAGCUUCCUGGAGGCAGCAGUGAAGAUCAGUCACACGUCCCCAGACAUCCCUGCAGAGGUCCAGAUGUCCAUGAAAGACCACAUCAUGCGGCGCACACGGAUCCAGAGGCAAACCACAGAGCCUGCCUCUUCCACCAGACACAUCUCCUUCAAAAGGCACCUUCCUCGGCAAAUGCACGUGUCCAGCCUGGACUAUGGCAUGGACCCACCAGCUGUGGCUGAGCAGCCGACCAGCAUCGGUCGCAUUAAGCCCGAACUCUAUAAGCAAAAAUCUGUUGACUCUGAAGACCCCAAAAAAGAGGCAGCAAAAACCUGCGGGAAAAUUAACUUCACUCUCAAGUACGACUAUGAGAAUGAGACGCUGACUGUCCGGAUCCUCACGGCUUUCGACUUGCCAGCCAAAGACUUCUGUGGCAGCUCAGAUCCCUAUGUGAAGAUCUACCUCUUGCCUGACAGAAAGCGCAAGUUCCAGACCCGAGUCCACAGGAAGACUCUGAAUCCCACCUUUGAUGAGUCUUUCCACUUCCCUGUGCCCCAUGAGGAGCUGGCAAGCAGGAAGCUCCACCUGAGCGUCUUUGACUUUGACAGGUUCUCCAGACAUGACAUGAUAGGAGAAGUUAUCUUGGAGAACCUCUUUGAGGCCUCAGACCUUUCCCGGGAGACUUCCAUCUGGAAGGACAUCCAGUAUGCAACCACGGAAAGCGUGGACCUGGGAGAGAUCAUGUUUUCCCUUUGUUAUUUGCCAACUGCAGGUCGCCUCACCCUAACAGUCAUUAAAUGCCGGAAUCUCAAAGCUAUGGAUAUCACUGGUUACUCCGAUCCAUAUGUCAAAGUGUCUUUGCUCUGUGAUGGGCGAAGGCUGAAAAAGAAGAAAACCACCAUAAAGAAAAACACACUUAAUCCCACUUACAAUGAAGCAAUAAUCUUUGACAUUCCCCCAGAGAACAUGGAUCAAGUCAGUCUACUUAUCUCCGUCAUGGAUUACGAUCGAGUGGGUCACAAUGAGAUCAUUGGGGUUUGCCGUGUGGGAGUCAAUGCUGAAGGACUGGGCAGAGACCACUGGAAUGAGAUGCUGGCAUAUCCACGCAAGCCCAUUGCGCACUGGCAUCCAUUAGUGGAGGUGAAGAAGUCUUUCAAAGAGUGGCACAGCCGGGCAGCGAGCUUUGACAGCCAGGGCUCCUGCCCCUCACCUAAACCACCACCCACACCGUGAUGCAGCAAUAAAUGGGACUCAACCAAGUUAUUUUUUCAGUUGGCCUUCAGUCUCAGUCAGUUGUUGCUGAGUGGCAGAGGCAGCAGUGAGACUUUCCAGUCUAGUUGUUCCUGCGUAAGUAAAGGCAGAAACCCGUUUUGUGGUCAAAUAUGUCUUUGUCUAAUGUCUCCCAAGGUGAUGUUUUUUUUGUGGCUUUUACUAUGAAGAUCUGUUUCCAGAGGAAGAAGGUGGACUGAGAUAUGAGCUGGAAGUUUGGUCUGUAAAAUAAUAUGUAAAAUAGUUUUGUGUGUGUGAAGGCUGGGAAAGUGCAAAGACACUGAGUGUCUACAGAGAGGAUGGGUGGGCAGGAGAGGGGACCCCAGCCCAGCCCGUGCCAGCCUGGAAGAGCCAGGAGAAAGGUGUGAGAGACUCUGCCCUGCAGCAGCUCCUCACUCCUCAGGUCAGCCUAACCCAGCAGCGUGUCCACAGGUGUCCUGUUCAUGUAGAGGUGUUCCUGAGCUGUUAGAAGUUUGUGCAGUGUGUACCCAAAAUUCCUUUUGUCAUAUAAAAAAAUACCAUUGAUUCCUGAGGGGAGAAAACUUGUUUUUCUCCCUAUAUUUGAAGACUCUGUAGAGCUACUUGCAUGAACAGUUUCUUAAGGCUCCUUCGUAGCUGCUGCUCGUCCCCCCCAUUCAUCACCACGCUACCUGGAGCAGUGUAGAGAGAAUUGUGCUGCCACAAGGGGGGAAAGAUGUUACAGAAACACGGGACAUCCUUGCAUGUACACUAGAUCUUUAUAUCUUAUACCAUCCUAGUAACAAAGGAUGAACAAAAGAGUAAAGGGAAACAAAACUAAUACUAAAAAAAUAUUCCAAGCCUUUUUCUUGAACUAUCAGCACUUUCUUAAUUAUAAACAUUUCUAAGACCCAAACCCUGGAGGGAAGUCAAGUUCUAAAAAAAUGAAACUUUGCUGGUUCCUUGGCUGCAGAGGCCAAAAAUGAAGUUAUAACAUCUCAUGUAUUAGCUUUGCAAACACAGCUGAAUCAGCUGAUCUUUAUCACACAGCUGUGGAUUUUGGACAUUUUCUCAUAGUGGAUUUUUCUCGGAGUUAAUGAGUACACUAGUUCUGUUUGUUCCACCAUAAUUAAAUUAAAUAAAUGCAAAUACUUUGGUUUUGGGUUAAAAAAUUUUUUCUUGCAAGGCAGCCAUUUCUCCUCACAUCAGGUCAGCAGAGCUGCAUACAUCAGCCACAAUCUUCAGGUCAGCUUCAGUUAUCACUUUCCUAAAUGUCAUCUCAUCAGCCUUCACUGAGCAUCAUGACUUGCAGAGAAGGGAAUUGUUUGCAUUGUUUUUCUGGGUAAAAUUAAUCCUUUGUUCAGUGAAGGAGAAAUAUAUGAUUUCUCAUUACACCUUGUGUCUUAAUUCUCUUUAUGUGCCAUGUGCUAUAGAAGCAGAAACUUAA